UGCGUACGAUUACGUUUCGGUGUGCGAGUCGUUGAUAACAACAUCGAAUCGUACGUUAUUAUUUUCGUAUUUAUCGGUCGUCAAAAGUCGAAACGAAAACCCGGCGGGUGCACACGUACCAUCCGUCUCGUCUGCGUCCGCGAGCGAACGCACCGCGCACACGACGCCGAGAACGCGCACACGUCGUACGACUGCUGCCCGGUCGCACCUGCACGGGAGACACAUUAUUGUACAUAAAUUGUCGGGCCCACGAGAUCCGGAACGGUGUCCGAUAUCGUUCGCACACGUCCGUUGUUUUCGUUCCGUAUUCCGGUAGACAUACGGAUCGGUUGUGCGUGGAUUCAACUUCAACCUCACGGAUUUCGCGUUUUCGGACGACACCUCGACAUCACGACAACUCGCACUCGUCUCGUCGCAACCUGCUGUCGUCCGUUGCCGAAAGGAUUCGAUCGGACUCGAUUUGGCCGCACGCACCACAUCAAAUCACCGGAGCAAUUCUUUUCUUUUCAAUCCUUGCUCGUCCUGCCGUAGGUUAGCUGCGUAUCUCGUACACAGACGUGUCCUACCGAUCGCGUUUACCCGGACUCAAGAGGCUAAAGACGUAACAGUAUCACUAUGCAAAUCGACCGGACCGACAGCACCAUGUGACACGAAAUCACCAAGUCAUUCGGAACCGAUAGCGCAAAUCUAAUCGUUUUCCUCGCACACGUCGAGCACAGCAGUAACAGCAGCGGUCGACGACAUCACUAAACCGUCCGCAAAAUGCUUCAAAUAUCGAACUUCAGCAAACGACAGUGGUUGACGUUGAUCGUUUUCAGCAUUGCUGAUUUUUGCAAUGCGAUUUGCGUGUCGUUGCAGGCUCCGUUCUAUCCGCAAGAGGCCGAAAAAAAAGGAGCCACUGCAUCCGAAUAUGGGUUGGUGUUUGGUGUAUUCGAAUUGGUCGUGUUCAUAAUCAGUCCAGUUUAUGGAAAACACUUGAACAGAAUCGGACCUAAAUAUUUGUUUAAUGGCGGGAUAUUUACAACAGGAAUAUGCGCAAUAUUGUUUGGAUUUUUGGACCGAGUGGAUGGCCAUUAUCCAUUUAUCAUAUUAUCAUUCGUUAUACGUAUCGUUGAAGCGUUGGGCAAUGCAGCUUUCCUGACAGCCAGUUUUGCCAUCAUUGCUAUGGAAUUCCCGGACAAUGUGGCCACAACAUUCGCUUCACUCGAGACAUUUUUUGGACUCGGGCUAAUUGUUGGACCAACUGUCGGAGGAGCUCUGUAUCAAGUCGGUGGUUACAUAACUCCAUUUGUGGUUCUGGGUUCCACGUUAUUCCUUUCAGCUAUCAUGACUGCAUUCGUGUUACCUGAACAUCCUAAUCGUAGAAACGAUGUAACCAGUGACGCCAGCCUGAUGAAAGUGUUGAAAAUUCCCGGUAUCAUGUUAGCCGCUGCCAGUAUAAUUGUAACUUCCAUGAGCAUUGGAUUCCUGUCGGCCACGUUAGAACCUCAUCUCAGACAAUUCGAACUGUCUCCCAUGGUCUUGGGACUGAUGUUCGUCAUAAACGGCGGCACCUACGCACUGACGGCACCGUGGUGGGGUUGGUUGUGCGACAAAAUACUACCCGCGAAGGUCGUCACAUUACUAGGGUGUAUUAUACUCAUGAUCGGGUUCAGCCUCAUCGGUCCGGUACCGUUCCUGAACAGACCGACCGAAUUUAAAAUCACCGUGUUGGGAUUAGUGUUGCACGGGAUGGGCAUCGGCGCGCAACUUGUUGCCUCGUUCACCGACGCGUUACGGACUGCCAUUCAGCACGGGUUUGCAAACAGCUUGGAAACUUACGGUCUGAUUUCGGGAUUAUGGACAUCAACUUUUGCACUAGGAGCUUUUAUUGGGCCUUCCAUUGCUGGUGUGCUGUACGAUGUCGUAGGUUUUGGCGCGGCUACUAUAUUUGUUAUAGUUCUGUCAGCUGUUGUGGGAAUAGCCGUGGCGCUGUUUUUGAUCUUCUCGCGACCGCCAAGACUGGUCAAGGACGUGCACAACCUGGACGAUCUAAUGGACCCGUUGGUCAAGUCGGUGACGGAGAACGGCAACGGCAGCGCCGCAUACAAGGGCUCGGCGUCCGCGUGCCCUAUACCCACGGAACGGCCGCCGGGCAUGGAUGGCAUAAUCGCGUGCAGCAGCUACAAGAACAGGCUGGGCACGUGGAACCGGAAGGAGAGCAAGCUGGUCAUCGGGAGCCAGAUGAACAGCUACCUGGACGAGUCCAGAGGUCUGCUGGGCUGACGGGCCACGCCGACGAUCUACCUCUGACGAUGAUUUCAUUCCGUGUUCAAUUUUUUUAUAUCCGUGUUUGUUUUUUUUUUUUGAACAUUACUUGUUUUUAAACCAUUUUUUUUUCUUCAUUAGAAUUCUGUCGUGGCGAUAAAAAAAAUGUUUUACGUGCGUUUCACCCGUUGCUUUUACAACCGUCCUUCUCCGCCACCGAUAGCGUAUUUCUUGCUCAACUGCAUACCCCUCCCGAGUGCGUUUCCCGUCGAGGGUCUUUGUUAGCCCCGCACAUUAUUGUCACAACCAUAUCCGCCGCCGCCGUAUAUCAUUGUUCCAAUCGGCUUUCGGUCCAUAUCUCGAUAUAAUUUUCAUUAUUGUUUAUAUUAUUACUUUCUUCAUGUUGGCCGUUUCGAAUCCAUCCGUCGAUUUAUAUUAUUUUUAUCGAUUUUAUAAAAACAAUAUUCGUAAUCACAUACAACUUCGUAGAUGUAUUUUUUAUUUAUUUAUUAUUUUUUUUUUAAUAGGAACAUUAUUGUUGUAACAAAAUUUAAUGCAGGGCUCGAUAUUUUAGCCUUGACAAU